AUGACGAUGACAACAGGUCAGCCGGGUCCGGCAUCUGUCGAAAUGCCUGACCCAAAUCAAUUACCAAAGAAGGAAAAACAUAUCGUUCAUUGGUUUCGCAAAGGUUUGCGACUACAUGAUAAUCCAGCUUUAAGGGAAGGGUUGAAAAACGCAACAACUUUUCGAGCAGUGUUUUUCGUUGAUCCGUGGUUUGCUGGCAGUUCAAACGUUGGAAUAAACAAGUGGAGAUUUCUCCUACAAUGUUUGGAAGAUCUUGACCAAAACUUGCGUCGUUUGAAUUCACGUUUAUUCGUCAUUCGGGGUCAACCAGCUGAGAAACUUCCAAUGCUUUUCAAGAAAUGGAACACAACAUGUUUGACUUUUGAAGAAGAUCCCGAACCAUUCUCAAAAGUUCGAGAUAAUAACAUUACAGAAAUGUGUAAAGAACUGAACAUUGAAGUUAUAUCAGCAGUUUCGCACACACUUUACAAACUUGAAAAAAUUAUUGAGAAAAACAACGGGAAGGCGCCAUUGACGUAUCAUCAAUUUCAAGCUAUAAUUGCAUCUAUGGAACCGCCACCACCUGCAGAAGCAACAAUAGCGGAGGAUAUAAUUGGUAAUACAAGAACACCAAUAGAUGAUGAUCACGAUGACAGAUACGGCGUUCCAACUUUAGAAGAAUUAGGAUUUGACACCGAAGGUCUUAAGCCACCCAUUUGGAUUGGUGGGGAAACAGAAGCUUUAGCUCGUCUUGAGAGACAUUUGGAGCGCAAAGCGUGGGUGGCAAGCUUUGGUCGACCAAAAAUGUCACCACAAUCACUCCUUGCAAGCCAAACUGGUCUUUCUCCUUACCUUCGCUUCGGUUGCCUUUCUACUCGUCUUUUCUACUAUCAAUUGACUGAUUUGUACAAGAAAAUAAAGAAAACUUGUCCACCUUUAAGCUUGCAUGGUCAACUUUUGUGGCGAGAAUUUUUCUACUGCUGUGCAACAAAGAAUCCAAAUUUUGAUAAAAUGUCAGGUAAUCCAAUUUGCGUUCAAAUACCGUGGGAUAAAAAUCCAGAAGCUUUAGCGAAGUGGGCGAAUGGACAAACUGGUUAUCCAUGGAUUGAUGCGAUUAUGUCACAGUUAAGAGAAGAAGGAUGGAUUCAUCAUUUAGCAAGACAUGCUGUAGCUUGCUUCUUAACACGUGGAAAUUUGUGGAUAAGUUGGGAAGAAGGAAUGAAAGUAUUUGAAGAGUUAUUACUUGAUGCCGACUGGAGUGUCAAUGCUGGAAUGUGGCUUUGGUUGAGUUGUUCAUCUUUCUUUCAACAAUUCUUUCAUUGCUAUUGUCCAGUUAAAUUUGGACGUAAAGCAGAUCCAAAUGGUGAUUAUAUAAGAAAGUACAUACCAGCAUUGAAAAAUUUCCCCACGAAAUACAUUCACGAACCUUGGGUGGCAUCUGAAGCGAUUCAAAGAACGGCGAAAUGCAUCAUUGGAAAAGAUUAUCCACUACCCAUGAUAAAUCACGUCAUAGCUUCUCGAAACAAUAUGGGACGUAUGAAACAAGUUUAUCAACAGCUGGCAAAAUAUCGUCAAACACCAAACAACCCGGAAUUCGGUGGUUCUGCUAUUUCGAAUAUUCUUGCAAAAGCACAAGCUUCAGCUAAAGCAUUCACGGAGCAACAGAGCAGCAGCCCAUCACCAACAACUAUUCUGAAGACCGUUAACAAUUCUGGCAAUUACAUGUGCUCGCAGCGUUCCGAUCAUAUUGAAAUGCCACCUCAAACAGUCCUUUAUCAUGAACCAUCUUUAAAUGCAAGCUCAUCAGUUCUACAACAACAGAAUAUGAUGAAGCAUAGAAAUAAUACAAACGACAUGUGCCAUCAACAAGAGAACAUUAAUGAAUUUCAAUAUGAUGAAGACGGUACAAGUCAACAUCACAACAGCUAUAAUUAUUCCCAAAAACAAAUGACUGCACUUAAUGAAACGCAACAGCAGGAAGAUCAGCACACGAUUGAGUUAAGAAUGAAUAAUCUUGGUAAUGAAGAUACCGGUUGAAUUUAGUCAACUCUUUUAUAUUAAUGAGAUUUAUGUAUUGUGAAUUUUUUUCUCUCUUUUUUUUAAAUAAAUAAAUAUAAAUAAUUAGGUAAUUUAACAUG